UCACCACGUCAAGCCAGUGGACACGACAGGCAAGACGAGAGAGCUAGCAUGGCUUUAGCUCACGAGGUCGCUUUCGAGGUGAACCUGAUCGAGGACGACGGCGGCCUCGCCGGCUGGGCGCCGGUGGGCACGCGCACGGCGCUGUCCUCGCACGCCGAGCGCGACACGGCCAUGCUGAUCUCGGGCGCCGUGUCGGCCGCGGAGCCGAAUGAGCGUAUUAGACGAUCAAGCGGACGGUACAUCGUCGCGUCGCGCCGCGCCGACGAGGAGGACGGGCUGCGGCGCGCGGUUCCGGCGGGCGCGCUCGUGCCACGGGUCACGUACCGUGUCGUCGGGUGGGUCAGCGUGCAGGGCCAGGGCGACGGGAGGCACCAUGCGGUGCGCGUCGGCCUCCGCGUGGACGGCGACGGCGGCGACGACGAGCGCGGCAGCUGGCUAGACUGCGGCGCGGCACGCGUCGAGGUGGGCGGCGGGUGGGCGGAGAUCAACGGCGCGUUCCGGCUCAGGGCGAGCCCACGCGUCGCGGCUGUUCACGUCCAUGGCGCGCCUGCCGGUGUUGAUGUUAAGGUGAUGGAUCUGCAGGUCUACGCGACGGACCGCAAGGCGCGGUUGACGCAGCUCAAAGAGCAGACUGACAAGGUUCGCAAGCGAGACGUGAUUCUCAACUUGGGCGGCGGCGCGACCAUGGCCGGCGCGUCAAUCCGCGUGGCGCAGCUGCUGGAGAAUCGCUUCCCGUUCGGAUCCUGCAUCAACAAGACGGCCAUCCGAAACCCCAAGUUCGUCGACUUCUUCUGCGAGAACUUCGACUGGGCCGUCUUCGAGAACGAGCUCAAGUGGUACUCGACGGAGCCGCAGCGCGGGCAGAUCAACUACCGCGACGCCGACGAGCUGCUCGACUUCUGCCACCGCUACGGCAAGUCGGCGCGCGGCCACUGCAUCUUCUGGGCCGUCGACGGCGACGUGCAGCAGUGGGUCAAGGACCUCGGCCGCGACGACCUCGCCGCCGCGGUGCAGGGCCGCCUCCACGGCCUCCUGUCCCGCUACGCCGGCCGGUUCCGCCACUACGACGUCAACAACGAGAUGCUGCACGGCCGCUUCUACCGCGACCGGCUGGGAGACGGCGUCGCGCCGCUCAUGUUCCGCGAGGCCGCGCGGCUGGACCCGGCCGCGCGGCUCUUCGUCAACGACUACAACGUCCUGCGUGGGAACGACCCCAACGCGACGCCGGAGAAGUACGUCGAGCUGGUGGACGCGCUGCGGCGCGGCGGCGCGGCGGUGGGCGGGAUCGGGGUGCAGGGGCACAUGGACAGCCCGGUGGCCGGGCAGGUCAUCCGCGCCGCGCUGGACAAGCUCGCCGCGGCGGGCGGCGCGCCCAUCUGGAUCACCGAGCUGGACGUGAGCGAGCCCGACGUGGGGCUCCGCGCCGACGACCUGGAGGUGGUGCUGCGCGAGGCGUACGCGCACCCGGCCGUGGAGGGCGUCGUGCUCUGGGGGUUCAUGGAGGGGCAGAUGUGGCGCCGGGACGCCUACCUCGUCGACGCCGACGGCACCGUCAACGAGGCCGGGCAGAGGUUCCUCCAGCUCCAGAGGGAGUGGAGGUCGGACGCGCGCGGCAUUGUCGACGGCGAUGGCCGUUUCAAGUUCAGGGGCUUCCACGGCACGUACGUCGCGCAGGUGACGACGGCGACGGGGAAGAUGCUCAAGACGUUCACCGUGGAGAAAGGGGAUAAUUCUCUCGAGUUGGAUUUGGAUAUCGAAAUUUGAAGGUUUAAUGUGAUGAUAUCGUCCUAGUCGUAAUGUACUGUGAGCUUAAAGUUCAUCUCCAUCGUGCUGGACUACUGAAUAAUGACGUGCAUGCAUAUACUACUGCGCUUGAUACAUUAUUGUGAAGGAACAAUGGAACAUGGAUUAAUUAGUUCAGUAAAUAAAAAUGAUACGAUUGGAUAUAAAAUUUAUAAA